UUUAAUUGUUCAAGGAAUCACCGUCGUCUUGCUUGAGUCCCCACCUCAAAAACAACACCGACGGUGAGAGAUCCCUAAAACACAAAUUGCAUUUUAUGUAUCCCUAAAUCUCUCUGUUUCCUCCCACACCCUAAAAAUCCCUCUUUUCCCGCUCCUUAAAAAGUUAAAACCCCUUAACAAUCCCCUUUAAUUCAAAACCCUAGAUUCAAUCAAAAUUGCACCGAACAUCCCUAAUUUUCUGCACAAUUUCUACAUUGAUUCACAUUUUUUUUUCUUGCCCUACAGUUAUGGUUGAGAAUCAAAAUGGAAGAAAGUAAAUUGAUGUUUGAUAAUUGCAGCAGAGGAAAUGAGAGCUCCAGCAACAGCAAGCCACCCAACCCUCUUGCUGGAGAUCGCCGUCUAGUAGCUUCUGCCACCAAAAAGUCCCUUGUUCGACACCCUUCUUUGGUGAGAACCAAGUUAUCAGAUGUUCCUCUUGAACCAAGAGCAGCUACAGGUGAUCAUGCAACAGAGUACCUUCCCAUACUUCGCUCAGGUGCUUGGGCUGACAUUGGAUCUCGGUCAAGCAUGGAAGAUGUGUAUGUGUGUGCCGACAUUUUUACGAGCCACCAUAGAUCAACUAGUUCUAACGAAGGGACUCAUGCCUUCUACGGGGUUUUCGAUGGACAUGGAGGAAAACAUGCAGCUGACUUUGCUUGCAACCAUUUACCAAGGUUUAUUGCCGAGGAUGAAGACUUUCCAAGGCAGAUUGAUAGGGCAAUUUCUUCUGCAUUUUUGCAAACUGAUACUGCUUUCGCAGAAGCCUGCACCUUGGAUGCUGAUCUUGCUUCCGGUACCACUGCUUUGGCAGCCCUUGUUAUUGGAAGUUCGCUGGUUGUGGCAAAUGCAGGAGAUUGUAGAGCUGUACUUAGUCGUCGUGGUAAAGCUAUUGAGAUGUCGAGAGAUCACAAACCUGGUUGUUUUGGGGAGAAAGAGCGCAUUGAAGCUUCUGGAGGAUAUGUGUAUGAUGGCUACCUGAAUGGACAACUUAAUGUGGCUCGCGCUUUAGGAGAUUGGCACCUGGAAGGGUUAAAAUCUAUUGAUGGUGGUCCCCUUAGUGGAGAACCUGAACUUAUGAGCACCAGACUUACAGAAGAGGACGAGUUUCUCAUAAUAGGUUGUGAUGGUAUAUGGGAUGUCUUCAUGAGCCAAAAUGCUGUUGACUUUGCUCGUCGAAGACUUCAGGAACACAAUAAUCCAGUGAUGUGCAGCAAAGAUCUCGUUGAUGAAGCUCUGAAAAGAAAGAGUGGGGACAAUUUAUCUGUGGUUGUGGUGUGUUUUCAAAAGCAGCCACCUCCCAACUUGGUUGUUCCGCGCGGAAGGGUGCAUAGGAGCAUUUCUGCAGAAGGUUUAAAAGAGUUGCAGGGUUUCUUGGAUACCUUGAAAGAUUAAGAUAGUAAACCAUGUUCUUUGUUUUAUGUUCUUUUAGAUUUUCAGUCAUCUUAUGAGUUAAAAGAUCUCUCCUCCCCUAUUUUCGCUGUUCUUUUUCCUCCCUAUGUUGUUUCUCAUUCUUGUAGUCUAUGGUUAGAUGAUGGGAGAGAUUGACAAACCAACUGUAACAAUAUGCGGCGCUGUUGUCUGAUUAACUAACAUUUUCUGUGUUUUAGGUGGUUCUGGACCCUCUUGAUAAUUUUAAUUUAAGAUAUCAUAGUUUUCUCAUUGAA